AUGCUCCACGGGAGUUGCCGAAGGGCCGCGUCCGUUGCCAGGCAACGGCGAGGCUCGGGUUCCAGGCGCCCAGGCCCCGACCUCCGGCUUCGGGCUGCAAUGGCGAAGAGUCAAGUUGGAGCCGCGUCCUCGGCGGAAAGCCAGACCAAUAUGAAAAGAAUGCACGGCACUCAGGUUGCAAGAUCAACCUGUUCUGGAGCCAAAUCUUCUGCUUCUGUUAAAGAUGUUAUGACAACCAAUAAGGAUACUCCAAAAGGCCAGUUUUCAAUAGAACAAAUGGGUGGAUGUGGGAGCAACAAUACAUUAGAUCUACACGGAAAAGGAAUUAAGAAGAUACAAAAGUUUGAAAUUUCGAAGGGAAUAAAGAUUUUGGAUCUUUCCUGUAAUUCCAUAGAAGAAAUUGAGAAUUUGGAGAAUAAAUGUGAAAUUACUGAACUCAAACUAUAUGGUAACAACAUCAGACAGAUCAACAAUCUAGACAGGCUGCAAGAGCUCCGUGUUCUUCAGCUGCAGUACAAUCACAUUACAAGUCUACGAAAAGGUUUGCUCAAACUGCGGAAGCUGCAGACAUUGAGACUGGAUAGUAACCAGCUGAUAUGUGUGGAAUCACGGGAGUUUUCAGGACUAAGCCAACUGACUUCUCUGGAUAUCAGCUAUAACCAGCUAACUGACAUCAUGGCUGUGAAUGAGUUGCCCUGUCUCGAGGAGCUGUUUGCAUCCCAUAACAAGUUGUGUGGGGUUAUUGAUCUCAGUAGAUGUAAUAAGUUACAGGAGCUUGAUCUAUCCAACAACAAAAUAUCAGAAAUCCAAGGAUUAUCUUUGCUGGAAACUUUAACUUCUAUUGAUCUGUCCAGCAACGUUCUAUGUAGCACCGAAAGUCUUGGAAUUUUGAGUUCCUUGCAGGAGUUGAAUCUUGCCAAUAACCAGCUGAAGUCAGUUUGCAGCUUUUUCAAACAGUUUCCUAAUCUUGAAGUUCUUAACAUAGCCAAUAAUUGCAUUGACUUGAAGGAGGAACUCAAAUUUCUGGCACAGUGCUGCCGCCUAGAGGAUCUACAUUUAGCUGGCAACAAUACUGGGACUUCAGAAGAAGAAGAAAAUGCGCAUCUCAUGCAGAUCUCUCUCCUCAUGCCUCAGCUUAAGACUUUGGAUCAGGUUAUCCUUAACCACUCUACUAACGAGAAGCAGAAUGCUCCAGUUAUUCCAAAAACAGCAUUGGCCAAUGCUUCCCUCGAGAGUAUGCAGAAAAUCACAAGUUGUUUGACGGAUCUUGAGUCUGAAAUGGAGGACCUGCAACAAUCACUAGUUGGAAGGUUUAAUGAGGUGAAGAAUUUGAUGGAGUCUCUACCAAAGCAGUUGCCAUGGAGAUCUUCAUAUACAAUGGCACCAGCAAGAUUGAGCCCAGUGGUUAAUUAUGGAUUCCGUCCACAGUCACGCUGCAACAGUCGCACCAGAAUUGAAGAUGCCAGAUCGUAUGCUGCCCAGCACUUUGGGAAGAAAUAACAUCAUCGCCGGCUGGACUUGCAUCUGAAAUAAAAACAGGGUCAAAACAAAUCCAGAGGAGAAAAAUUGUCACUAGUCC